CCUUGAAAAUCCUUCCUGCCCUGAAUGUAGAAAGAGAUUUAGUAGGAGACCUGAACUGACAACAGCCUGGAAGCUGCGUGGCCUGGUGGAGAGAUUCCGUCCAACUGAGACAGAGCCGGGGGAGACUGGGAUCUUCUGCACCUACUGUGUCCUCUCUCCUGUACCUGCUGCUAAAUCCUGUCUCCUGUGUGAGGCUUCUCUGUGUGAUACCCACCUGAGGGGGCACAGCAAGUCACCAGAACAUGUACUGACCCAACCCACCGACUCCUUUAUGGGGAGAAAAUGUUCUGUACAUCACAAGGUUCUGGAGUAUUUCUGCUGUGAGGAGUCUGUCUGUGUCUGUGUGUCCUGAGAGAAACUGAGGCCAGAGAGAGAGGAGACUGAGAGAGGAGCCCAGAGACUGCAGGAGCGCAGGAGAGAAGUGGCAGAAAAAGCAGCCGGUGAGACAGAGAGAGUCACUGCCCUGUUUAGAGACAUCAGGGAACAGCUGGAAGCCCUAGAGAAGCGACUCCUGAGUUACAUCUUUUGGCAGAAAGAAGAGAUUUCCCUUCAACUCUCUGAUCUAAUCCAUCAGCUGGAAAUAAAGAAGGACGAGCUCCAGGAAGAUCCGUCACAUUGAGGAGCUGAGCUGUGCAAUAUGGGUGAUGAAACUGCCUUUUGUGGGACUGAGGGGACAGAUAAUGAGAGUACAGGCUUAGCUGGGACUGGCGAAAAUGGAUGUAUCUAUGGGCAGGAGGCUACAGACUUGUUACUGGAUAUAAACACGGCUGGGGAUUAUGUAUCUGUAUCAGGGGACAUGAAAUUUACCUCUUGCUCACAUACAUACCAGAAUCAUCCACAAACCCCAGAGAGAUUUGAGGUUUCUCAGGUUUUAAGUGACAGGAGUUUCUCCUCAGGGCGACAUUACUGGGAUGUGGAAGCCUGUGACUCAGGGGACUGGAUGGUAGGGGUGGCCUAUCCCAGUAUAGAGAGGAAAGGGGGAGAUCAGGCCUACAUUGGGCAAAAUAACAAGUCCUGGUGUUUGCGCAGGUGGUGUAAUCAAUAUUCAGUGAGACAUGACAGUGAAGAACCAUGUUUGGCCCAUGACCCUUCCUGCGGGAGAAUUAGGAUCUCAUUAGAUUAUGAGGCAGGAAUUCUGUCCUUUUAUGAGCUGAGUGAGCCAAUCAGACACUUACACACCUUCACUGCCACAUUCACUGAGCCCCUUCAUGUUGCAUUUUUUAUAUGGGGGGGUGAAGGUACUUGGGUGAGAAUCAUUAGUUAGGGCACUAAAGAUGGCCAUACUGUGUAAGAUCCGUUCAUUUGGCGAUGAUGCUGAAUGAGCAGAUCUUCCCCCAUGAUGUUGUGCUAAUCUGAUAGUUUGGCCCAGAUAUCCAUUGUCUAGGCCCAUCUGAGGGCCCCAUACAUGGCCAUUUAAGCUGUCAAAAGGUUUGUUUUUGUAAGUAAUUGUUAGUUGAAGUU